CAGCUCCGGACGCACCUGAGCGGUCCGCGCGAAGCAGUGUGACCACCACGACGGUCUCUCUCUCUCUCUCUCACGCACACACACACACACACACACACACACACACACACCCUCUCGUGGAACAUCUGCCACGUCGCCUCCGAUGGAGAGAGGGGCCGAACCCCCCCCGGCGGGUCGUCGCUGAAGCGGACUUCCAGAUUGAUCAAUCGCCUUCUGCUGAAAGCGGGACUUUCAGGAAGAGCAGGAAGUCCGGAGAGCUCCGCGUGAAAUCUUCGCUACGAUGUCCCGCACCGUCUGCGUGGAAAACUUAAAGGCAUGCUGCGUGGCGAGGGACGCGUUCGUGCAAGCAAGCCGGAGCAGAUGGACUCCCGCCCCGCAGCACACCUGAUGCGAUCUUUGUUGCUGAAUGGGUGACGAGCUUCCAGUCGCUUCAUACACUCGACGCAUUGUGCAGGACAGGUUCCCCCAGCCGGGUCGCAGUGAUGUACCAGGAGGUGGCCUUCUUGGCAGGCAACACUGACCACCAGUUCACCCCUUUCCGCUUUAACCGUGUGGAAAAUCCACAGGAAGUCACAUCCAAGAAGGGCUUGUUCUACAAGAGAGCCCAGGUUCUGCUCCAGCCUCAGCCGAACCAGCAGGACAGAGACGAGGCGGGCGUGGCCGACAGAGCGGCCAUUAUCAACGUCGGGGGGAUCAAGUAUCACAUCCCCUGGUCCACGCUGGAUGAGUUCCCGCUGACCCGACUGGGCAAGCUGCGCAGCUGCAGCAACGAGGCCGAGAUCAUGGACGUGUGCGACGACUACGACGUCAGCCGCAACGAGUACUUUUUCGACCGGAACCCGUCUGCCUUCCGCAUCAUAGUGACCUUCCUGGCGGCAGGGAAGCUGAGGCUGCUGAGGGAGAUGUGCGCCCUUUCCUUCCAGGAGGAGCUGCUCUACUGGGGCCUGGAGGAUGACAACCUGGAGUGGUGCUGCCUCCGCAAGCUGCGCCUCAGGCAGGAGGAGUACAAGGAGCUGCAAAGGCUGGAGGAGGAGGAGGCCGAGCUCACCUCCCCGCAGUCCUGCGAGGAGAGCCAGCUGCCUCCGGGCGGGCCGGAGGAGACCCUCUCGGGGGGCUGCAUGCGGAGGCUCAGGGACAUGGUGGAGAACCCGCACUCGGGCCUUCCUGGCAAGAUCUUUGCUUGCCUGUCUGUGCUGUUUGUAGCCAUCACCGCGGUGACGCUGUGCGUUAGCACCAUGCCGGACCUCAGAGAGGAGGAGGAGAGGGGUGAGUGCUUCCAGAGGUGCUACAACAUCUUCGUCCUGGAAACGGUCUGCGUCGCCUGGUUCUCCCUGGAGUUCCUGCUGCGCUUCAUUCAGACUCAGAGCAAGUGCACGUUCCUGCGCACGCCGCUCAACGUCAUUGACGUGGUGGCCAUCCUCCCCUACUACAUCACCCUGAUCGUGGACUCUCUGUCUGUGGGGGACAAGCCCGCGGGCUCGGGGAACAACUACCUGGAGAAGGUGGGCUUGGUCCUCCGGGUCCUGCGGGCCCUGCGGAUCUUCUACGUGAUGAGGCUGGCCCGCCACUCGCUGGGCCUGCAGACGCUGGGCCUGACGGUGAAGAGGUGCACGCGCGAGUUCGGCCUGCUGCUGCUCUUCCUCUGCGUGGCCAUGGCCCUCUUCGCGCCGCUGGUGUUUCUCGCCGAGAGCGAGAUGGGCGCCAAGCAGGAGUUCACCAGCAUCCCCGGCAGCUACUGGUGGGCCGUCAUCUCCAUGACCACUGUCGGCUACGGCGACAUGGUCCCCAGGAGCAUCCCGGGGCAGGUGGUGGCGCUCAGCAGCAUCCUGAGCGGCAUCCUGCUCAUGGCCUUCCCCGUCACCUCCAUCUUUCACACCUUCUCCCGCUCCUACGUGGAGCUGAAAGAGGAGCAGAACCGGGCACUGAGGCAGAAGCCCGACUCGCAGGACAGCACCAAGUCGCAGAACAGUGAGGACUCGCAGGAGACGGACAGCUACCGUGGCAUGGCGGAGGCCACUGCGGCGGCAGCGCACAGGAGGAAGUCCAUGGCUGCUCAGAGGGCAGCCGAGAUUAGAGCGUCCAUGAAGACUUAGACGCGACGGUUGAGUGACUAUUCUGUGGAAGCUGUGACACCCGUCAUGAGAAUUCAAAGACGACAAGCUGAAGAGAAGGGGGAGAUUUCCCUGCUUUGACUGCAGGACGUCCCUGUGCAUCAGAUUAUAUCUGCGGGUUGCCAGAAAUCUUUUUUUUUUCUUUGCACAAAUCUUACUUCAACUUUUCAGAAACAGCACAAUAUCCUAGAUGAAACACCUUUAGCAACAUAAGACUGAUGGCCUGGAAGCUUGUGAAAAGGAAAUCUAACACCACAGCAUCACAUUCUGUUCUUCAGAACCUGGACUGAAACGCACACGGUGUUUUUAUUCUGAAGUGAAGGUGUUUGCUCAUUUGUCAGUCGUGCAUUAUGUGAAGAUGCAUACAGCAGAAACCAGAUAUGUACAUACAUCUAUUUCUUAGACAAACGUUUCCAGUUUGAUGUCAGUUGGCAGAGUGUUGUUUAAAGUGGGGGCCACCAGGUGGCGGAUGAGAAUCUUCAGAAAACCGAAACUGGAAAAAAAAGAAAAAUCUAUUUUUUUAAAAUAAAAUUUUUAAUCACUUUUUUAAAAUCAUAACAUAGUUUUUUGUUAUUAUAAAAUAUAAAUUAAAAUAUUUUAUUGAAAUGUUAUUUUCCAUGUGUAUCUUUCUGAUUUGCUGCCAGUCAACUUUGUCAAGCUGCUUUGGUCCUUAAGCUUAGGUCCUUAAGCAUAGCUUUGCUAGCAUAACUAGCAAAGCUAUGCUAGCUGGUAGUCUGGUAGAUUUUGAAUAAAACCUAGACAGAAGAAACACCCUGAAGAAUAAAUGUGAGAAAAAACAUUCUAAAAGUUGAUGCUUCUUUAAAUAUUUUGUAGCAUUUCCUGUAGCGUUAGCUUAUAGAGGUUCACCACCUAGAAGCUAAUGCUGUUUGGGGCGCCCUGACAAGAAAAAGUUUGGGAACCACUGAGUUAGAAUUACUGAAAUCUCCACUAACAUCCUUUGAACAGUAUUAGAAAGCCUUAGAUGUCAUCUGAUUGUAACCCAUUUGAGUUACCUGGAUACACACUUAUGUAUGGAUGUAUAAUAGGGAUUCAUGUGUUUUGCUGCUAAAUGUGUAUCGACACCAAAGGCAAAGGGAAAGAUUCUGACCAGUUGACAUGGAAGAAGCCAAAAAAAAGUCUACAAAUGCAAUGAAAUCGACAUAGACCUUCGUGUUUGUAGACACAUUCCAAUGUCUUCUUAAAUUUUCUGUAUGUUUGGCCAUAUUCAGGACAUUUGGUGGGAAAAAGAGGGAAGCUUUCAAAAAAUAAAAAAUUAUACCAAAUAUGAAAUGGAGAGGCAGCUUUAAAGAAAAUGAUUGUCUAAAACAAUCCUCUCAUAAUUUUGGCAUAGAGAAAAUAGAAAUAUUUUGUUUGGUUGGAUUUGAUGUCGUACAUAGAGUGCAUGUAAAUAUCUGGUUUCGACUUCACAUUUUCAUUUUGGUCUUUGACUAAACCAGUUGUUAGAGGCGAGGUUGGAAUAAAUUAUGCGCACGUAAAACAAAGAAACACAAUUUACAUCUAAAAAGUGGUGUUAAAAAAUGUAAUUUAUUAUAGAGAACGAUGGGAUGACUGAACCUCAUGCAGACCCUUUUUAAAGAUGCCACUUUCCUGUUCCCUUAAAUACAUCGUAGCUAAAACAGUCGUUGUUUAUUAGGCACAGAAAUGAGGUCAGAUCCACUGCAGUGAUCUCAUAAAGUUCUGGCUGAAUGAGUUAGUUACAUCCCAACCACCAAGCAGACAAAUCUGCAAACGUGACAUUUUCAAAAUUGAGACUCGACAGGUAAACCAAAUGAUAUUUUAUUACAUUAAUCAGUGUGAGGGUGUGUAUUAAAAUAAUCAUUUUAAAAAAUACAGUUAAGAGUUUCCAAAAAUAUUUACACCCCUUGAACUUUACUCUGUAAGCGCAUUACAAAAUGCAAACUGUGAUGCAAAGGAAAAACUUUUAUUUUUGGAAAACUGUAUUUCGUGAAAUUGCAAAAAAAAAAAAAAAAAAAUUCUGACCUUUCCGAUAAACUUACUGUCAGACCGUAAAACUCAGCCUGAAGUUGUUCAUCUGUGUGCCUAAUUUAAUUUCAACAUUGUUCAGUUUUAGAGUUAAAAUAACAGUGGCCUUUCAGUUGAGCGGUGGUAACCCUUAAAAAACUCAAAGCUAAGCUGAAAACUUGAUGGGACUUUAUUCCAGGUUUUUACCUCUCCAGCUGCAUGAUGUAUAAUGUAUCCAGCACAUUUCCUCUAAAUCAACUUGUGCCUAUUUCAUGUUUCACCAAACCCUGUUACAUCACUGAGAAUAUUUAUGCUAACAUUGAUUAGCCACGUUGCUGCUCCUCUAUGGCAUGUCAAACCUUCUUGGUACAAUAUUGUUUUCAUGUGGAGAAAACUGCACUGAGCUCUGACCUAACAACUAACUAGUUUCCUCUACUGGUACAAAAUUCACAACAAAAUAUUUCAUAGCAUGGUAGCACCUAGCUAAAUAUCAGAGGAGCUGUUAGCAUCUUCCAGAAUGGGUUUAAAGUAUGAUCUCUAAACAAAUUUGAGUAUGGCUGAAGGAAGAUCAAAUUUAAUAUAAUGAAAGUUUAGACUGUUCGCACUAAGAGCACAAAUAUUUUUUGAAGACAUUAGUAUAAACCCACCUGCUACUUUUUAAUUUAGCAUAAUCAGAUCUCAAACAUGAAGUUCAAAGGGCUUAAUAUUCGACUGUUUUUACCCUGUUCUGCUCAUAGAUGUUACGUUUUCAACAUGACUUCUUCGGGGGGGAGGAAAUGUAACAAAGUUGAUUGAUGUUUUGAUCUGACCCUCUUUUUUUUUUUUGCUGUAACUGCUGUUUAACACCUGUUGACUCGGAGUAACAUUGUCCCUGCUGGUACACAGCCACCAUUUUGUGACCAAAAGUCUGGGCUGCACUUGGAUGAACACAGAGAGUCUAGACUUUGCUCAUUACAAUUUUUAUGUCGCAUGGGUUUAGCUGUCCAGCAGGUAGCAAGUAGAGCACUAGAAAUUAUGGGAUGGUAAUAAAAACAAAUAGAGGUAUCUUCCUUAAAAAAAAAAAAAAGCAGCAGCAUAAAUAUUUCAAGAAUGUGAUAUAAACAGCUAAUUUUGCAGCAUUUUGGAAAUGCUCACCAAUAGAUUUUUGUUUUACACAAUUUUUACUCAUUUUACUAUUUGUAAAUAAAACAGAGCGGUGGACUAGACAACCUGUUGUAAUGCAGACAUUUUUACAAUGGGAGAAAACAACCGAAAGGAAGCAAACCUCUAUCUCAACAGAUUCUUCCUGGUAACUCGUUUUUAGACUAAGAAGACAUGAUAUUAUCAGCUACGUAUGACUUUCAUUGAUCCUUUUUGUCCAAUUCUGCAUCAGAUGGGCUACAUAGAAAAUGUUAAAGUUCACCAAAAAUAGAUAUAAAUAAUUCUCUUUAAUAUUUACUUGAAUUUGAACAGCAAUGACUUACAGAUCUGUUUAUAAGAAAUAUUUAUUUGUUGAUUCCAUCAGAGGGAUAGUUUGGAUUUUUCUUGACGCUUGGUUUUUGAACCCACACCUGAACAGGUGGAGAAUGCAAACGCAACUUGGGACACCAGACAUAAUUCACACUUACUUACCGUGAGACAACAGAUCACAACAAAAUAAUUUAAUCCAACAGUGACAUUAGUGGAAAACCUUGGCAUUCACAUAGAAAAGACAGAAAAUUAAUUGUAUUUUAUCAAAGUUAUUAUGGUAAAAGAGUAACAUAUUUUAUGUUACUCUUUUCUGCUGCUGAUACUCUACUGCUGAUCUGCUGACAACCCCACUAAAAAAAACAAACUUCACCUCUUGUCUUGCAGUAACUGUCCUGCCCACCAGGGGAGUUCUUUCCUGGUUGAGACCAGAAAACUCAUUUGUCUAAAUCUUUGAUUUCCUCCCCCGAUAAUAAUAAUAAUAAAUAAUAAAAUAAUAAUAAUAAUAAUAUAGCUUUUCUAUUAUGGUAACUUUUCUUUAUGUUUUUAACCUGUUUAUAGGUGAGGUUUUAUCUAUAUUAGAUUUUUAUAAGUACAUAAAUGACAUCAGUCAGACAAACAAAAUCUUGUCUUGUAAAUGUUUUGCUUUGCAAGCGGCUGACAGUUUAUACUGCAGCCUGUGAAUCAAAGUGCUCUGCUCUCUAAAACGGUCUCAAAGAUUCAAAGUAAUUCCCAGAAUCUUCACAUAAAUCUCGUUCUCCAACGUCUUCAACUUCGAGUGAAUGCAUAACAAAAUCGAAACCUCUCCAAAAACUGUUGAUGGUGAAACCGUCCAAAGCACCACUUUGUAGGCUGUUGGGGGGGGGGGGGGGG